AUGGAGCGGUUGAAAGCCGGCUAUGAAAAGCUGAAAGGUGAAAUCAAUCAUGUGGUGGCCGCUCCUGUGAUGCAGAAACUGAUGCCUGUCCAUGGACGGCAGUAUGGUAUCGGGAGUCGCGUCGUGGCCGAGAAUCGCCAGAUCAGCGAGGGAGGAUUCGCCUUUGUCUACCUGGUACACGAUGUCAAAACCAACGAGGAGCUGGUUCUGAAGAAGAUGCGAUGCCAGGACAAAGCCUCAAUCGCAAUGGCGAAGCGGGAGAUUCAACUGUUGGAACAGCUGCCUCCUCAUCCCAACCUGGUUCAGUACUUCGGCAGUAUCUUCUUGUCAGAAGGUAAGUGCAAAGAGGUGGCCAUGCUCUUUGAGUUUUGCCCUGGCGGGCACCUUUUGAACCUCUUGGACAAGGCAGAGGGACGUUUGUCGGAGCGGGUCAUUUUGGAGACCAUGACGCAAAUCGUGGCAGGAGUGGCUGUGCUCCAUAGCUUCUCUCCACCGGUGCAGCAUCGGGACUUGAAGGUGGAAAACGUGCUCUUGGGUGCCGAUGGGCACUGGAAGCUAUUGGACUUUGGAUCCUGGAGUGAUGAGCGCUUGGAACCAGGAGCUCUGGACAAGCACGCCUUAUCACAACUGGAGGAACAAAUUGAGAAAUACACCACCAUGAUGUACAGGCCGCCUGAAAUGGUGGAUUUCUACUUGGAGUUUCCGAUCUGUCAGAAGGUGGACAUUUGGAUGAUCGGAUGCAUUCUGUAUACCUUGAUGUUUUACAGGCAUCCGUUCCAAGAUGAGUCCACUUUGGCCAUCGCCAAUGCCAGAUACGUGUGGCCGUCCAACCCUGAAUACCCUGAUCAUCUACGAGAUCUGACCCAUUGGCUGUUGGCUCGGGAUCCAGAAGAUCGACCGGAUGCCGAGCUGCUGCUGGACAUCUUGGGCAGUUUUUCCUCAGCGGAAGCACCACCGGUGCUGCCUUUGCCGAAAGCGGUGCAAGAACAGUGCGAGAAGCUGCGGCGCCUCUACGGAGAGGGAAGGACCGGCAACAGCCCUGCCAGCCGAGUGCAGAGCCCCUGCGCACGAAGUCAGGAAAAUGGCGAAGAAGAGAGGAGGAGGUCAAGGCAGAAGAAGGGACGACAGAAUUCCAAGAAGCGGACAGAAGAGAUUUGGGCGCAGGCAGACAGCGCAUGGCCCGCUACCAGCGUUGCGGUGCCUGAGCCCAGCAGCAGUUGGGCAGCCUUUGGUGUUCAGGAGACGGAGCAUGACGCACCAUCCCCCUGGCGCACCAAGUCUACCUGGCCUUCAGAGGGUGUGGCGGGGGACGACCUGGCUGCAGCCUAUGGGGGCCAGGGUGGCUUUGAGGCAGAGGAGGUUGGCCAGUCCUCUUGGAGUUUCUCAACGCAUGCAACUUCUAGUGGCUCUCAAUCUCCACGACGUGAGCGGCGGCCGCAACGAGAUCCAGACACGGACGCCUUUGCUGCGUGGCCCGAAGUGAGAGAAGAGGCUUCACUAUGGCCGGCACCACCCCUUGAAACCACCGAGAGGUCUGUUUCGAGUGGGCCAUGGCCGACGUCGGACAGACGAGCUGGGAGUCCUCAUCAAAAUCCUUGGCAGGGAAGUCCUUCCCACAGUCCAAGGGGGCCACAGGUAGCGACAGCCUGGCCCCCUAGCGGCACUGGCGCCUUUCCGUUCCCGUCGCCUUGGGACAGCACACCUGUGGCCAGUCCCAGGAGUUCGGAGAGGGAGAUGCCUGGGUCGCCAGGGGCGUCAGGUGCCCAAGCUGUCGCAUCUACUUGGCCCAGUGCUGCGCUGGCAUGGCCAGAUGAUUCAGGCGCUGGUGCUGACAACUUUUGGGGAACUGCUAAGAAGGCAACACCGUGGACAAGAUCGUCCGAGGGCGAGAGCCCUGUGGCCCAAAGCUUUCCAUGGCCCGUGCGGAUUGAGGCCCCUUCCGCUGCACCUGAAAGUCCUGCUGCAUCAGCAUGGCCUCCAAGGCCAUCGCCCUGGGGCCCUUGCUAG